GGCGCGCCGUGGUUCGCGCCGUGGUCCGCCGCGUACUGAGGGACCCGACCCGAUCCGACCCGACCCGACCUCUCCCCAGGGCCGGCUGGGAAAAUGAGACUCAAGUCGGACACCCUCCGCGGAUUGGACGAGGAAAUUCGAAAGAUCGGGUGAAGAAUCUGACGGUCGAAUGUAAGUGCGCGCGUUGUCGGAGUGCGUGAGUGCGUGAGGAUACACCGAGCCAACCGGCCUCGAGGAGCACCGGGAACCCGCGGACAGUGUCCCCGAGAAGAAGUUAGAUCAUGGAGGCGUCCGGGCCGAGGAUCGUCGCUUGGGGGCUGAUCUUGUGCGUCUUGGUCGUCCCGCCAUUCGGAUAUGCUAGGAACGGACCGAAUUACUAUGGCAAGAAGAUCGGGAACCUGACAGUGUUCGGCCAUGGGAUCAAGGGGAUGGUUUUCGCCGUAGACGACUCGACGAUCUUCAUCAAGGGCUUCAGCUACGACGGGACCGGACCGGACGCCUACUUCUGGGCCGGGAACUCCACGAUGCCGAGUCCCGAGGGAUUCAUCGUUCCCUAUCCUGAGGACUAUCCAGGAAGGGAACCGCCGAUUUUGGAGGAUUACAACAACACCGAUAUAAUCCUGAAGCUUCCUCAGGGAAUCAGAAUUCGAGACAUCAAGUACCUCGGCGUGUGGUGUCGAAGAUUCACCGUCGAUUUCGGACACAUCAGGAUACCCCAGGACCUAGAGAUCCCCAAGCCAAGGGUCCUGUCGGAGUUCUCCAGGUUAGCACACGGACUCAGGAGUGGAAAUAUCAGCAUUUUGGACAGCAAGACCUUCUACAUCCCGAAUUUGCAUUACGACGGAGCAGGUCCGGACGCCUACUUCUGGGUGGGGAACGGUUCGGAACCGAACACCUUCGGCACUAAAGUUCCCAACGAGGUCGGCAGUCUCGAGCCAUUAAGGGGCUAUCUAGGCGAGGACAUCGAAAUCGUUUUGCCAGGAAAUCUGACUGUCUAUGACAUCGAGUGGCUGGCCGUUUGGUGUGUGCAAUAUAAGCACAAUUUCGGACACGUUUUGAUCCCGAAGGACCUGGACGUACCCCCGGCUUUGGGACAAACCAAGAUCACGACGAGCAGUACUCCGGCUCCCCACAUGAGGCACGAGCUCAGCAACUGCAGGGAGCUUCUUCAGGGUCGAGUGCAGGUGCAAUGGGAGCUGAUGGGUGACAAAGUGCAGAUUCGACUGGCCGGAAGAAUUAGAGAUGAUCAGUACAUCUCUUUCGGGCUUUCCGGGAGGCAAGGAAAAGCUGAAAUGCUCGGCGGGGACGUCGUCGUCGUAGGAUACGACGGGAAGACGGGAAAGUUCAUCGUCGACGACUACUACAUGUCGGAUUACGCCCAAUGCGAUGGAAAAAAGGGCGUCUGUCCUGAUGAGAGGAUCGGUGGGGUAAACGACGCCGAAUUCAUCCACGGGGAGAGAACUAAUGGAGUGACGAUUGUGACCUACUCCAGGCCCCUGAACCCCAAGGACCCCAUGAAGGACAAGCCCAUCCCGGUAUCAGAGGCAAGCGUUAUCGCCGCCAUAGGGCCCCUUAAUUCGAGGGGCGAAGCCAAUGCCCAUCACAGCUUUGAUAAGACCACCGAGGACAUUCGCAUAGACUUCGCAUCGAGAAACGUCCAUGAAUGUACAAAUUCCCUGUACAACGUCCCGGACAUGUCCAGCAUCCCUGCAUGGCCCCCCGCCGAGAUCAUCGACGAGGACACCUUCAGUGCCAGGAUCGGACCCACCGGGGGCAAGAGGGGGUACACCAGGAUCACAGGACAACCCUCCUGGGGAAUCGCCUGGUAUAUCAACGACCUUCUGAUCCCGGAGAUAACAGUAGAGAGGGGCAGAACUUAUACCUUCAUCGUAGAGGGUGGAAACAAUCCGACUCAUCCAGCACGGUACCAUCCGUUCUACAUUACUGACAGCCCUGAGGGAGGAUACGGCCAGAAGUCUCAGACUCAGCAGAUGCUGCAGAAAAUCUACGCCGGGGUCGGCUACGAUGCCGAUGGAUAUCCAUAUCCCACGGCGGCGGGUCGUUAUUGCGAGUGGACUCAUAAAACCAUCGACAUGAGUGCCGAUUCUGAGACUUUCGAGAGCUUCUUCGAGACUCUGAGGCUCGAAUGCGACCAGGGCGAGCCUGCAAAACUCGUCUGGACGGUCGCACAAAACACUCCAGAUCUGGUGUACUACCAGUGUUACACGCACAAUAAUUUAGGUUGGAAAAUCAACGUGGUGGAGGCUGGUUACCGACCGAGAAGAGACGGAAGUCACGCUUCUAGUAUCGGGCCAUUCCUGGUGACAAUAAUCGCAUCGGCCCUCUGCAGUUUAUCGUUCCUCAGAUGAAUUGCGGCUUAAUUGCAUUUUGACGUCCAAAACGGUGCACGUGGAUCCGAAUGCAUCCAAAUCGUGGACGCACGAUAAGCGUCGAGAUAUCUAUACGAAGAAAUCGGAAGGAGAACCGUGAUCGACUCAAAUGAUACAAGGUUGUAAGAAAGUAUUUAACGCGUAAGGAUUUAAUUCUAUGUAAAGAUUAGCGAGAUAUUUUUAAGACUUAUCAGAUUCCACAUUUCAUAUUAUAUAUAUAUAUAUACACACAUAUAUAUAUAUAUGUUGAUACAUACGUAUGCAAUUAUAUAAACAUUUAUAUAAAUUUGUAUAUGUAUGUAUUUACGCAUCGCGUAUAUAUGCAGUACGCGCGUCAAAUUAAUGAUCGAGAUAUAAGACAAUAAAAUAGAUAAUCGGUAAAAAUCGACGCACGAGGACGGGAUGGAUAACUGAAAGUGCGAUAAGAUUAGAGAUUAUUAUUUAUAACGUUGAUUAAUAAUUUCAUACCGUUAAUAGGUCUUAAAAAAAAAAACAUCCGAGUCUUUUCACGCCUUUUUCAGGAAGAAAGUAAUUCGUCUUUGAUAUUGUUGCACGGAGGAUUAAUAUUUGGUUAAAUCAAUGCAAUGUUUUUCUCGCUUCAACCAUAGAACAUGGUUAUUAAGUGAAGCAAUAAUUAAUUAAUUUUACGUGAUCAACCAAAAGUCAUUGAUCACAUAAAUUAUUAAACUAAUUAGGGACAUUUACAGAAAAUGUCCAGCUCAUUGACCAAGGUACUUUCUAUAAUUAACAAAACGAUUCAACCAAAGCCCCUUAGUCGUUCUAAGCAAACUAAUUUGGUUAAACAAAAGAAAAAAUCAUUUCUGAAGACCCAUUUUCGUGCGUCGAGUCUUAUCACGAUAGGGGACGAUAAGGGAGGAGGACAUCCUCCAGACAAUAAUACAGGAAGAAAGGCGGAAUUCUUUGGGACUCGAGUAGGAGAGAUUCUUGAGGCCCUAUUUAGGAAACGAAACGUGCAAACGUGCUCAACGUGUUAAACGCGAGAAAGCCGGAAGCGACAAUAUUAGAAAGUAUUUACCGCCGCUCUUAUCGGGGACGCGAUAAGCGGCAGGCGCUCGUCUAUGUAAAUUUUGCACAAAGUUAUAGUUGAAUUUACAUAACUUUAACGUCGCGUAGCUCCUAAGGAUAUACAUACGCAUAUACAUAUAUACACACACAUAUAUAUAUAUAUAUGUUUAUAAAUGCUGUCUGUUUGACAAUAAUCUUUACGGUAGUCGAGGCGAGGAAGGGCGUAACGUGGUGAGGUGAUAAGUAAUCAAGGGCUGAUAAAACACCCGAGUCGAAAUUAUGGAUCUCAUAUGAACCCUUUCAUAAUUUCUUUCCUCGACAGACAUUUUAGGCUCUUUUCCCACAUGGAGAUACAUUGAAAAAUAUAUGUGAAAAUAUAUUUUUAUGUAUAAAAAGUAUAUAUAUACGGAUAUAGAUAACGUUUGACCGUUAUUGAUAUUGUAAUGAAUCGUAUUUAUAUAUAUAUAUUGGCAGUAAACAAAUUGUUUUUCCAGCCAAGGCUCUUGAUCAAACACUUGAAUGGACCUCAACUGUACAAAAAAUCGGACCUAAACGUAUAUUUGAGGCUCUAAUGAGACUGAUUUCAUUAACAUCUCAAUUCUCGCCCUUUAAGGUGAUAAAAAAGUGUCACAUAUGCAUACCAAAAAUAUGAAAAUAUUUAUCAAAUUUGGAACUUAAUCGGGAGAUUAUGGAGCCGUGAAAUUUCAUUUUUCGAAAAAAAAUAAAAAAUAAAAAACUUGUAUUUAUCUUGGACAAGA